AUGAACCACGACCACUGUCUGACCACCACUGGUGGUAGUUGUGCGGUGUGCGACAGUCAGUCGACGACCAGCGACCAUCGAGCGUCGUCGCCUGUACCGCUAGUCCUUUGUCUGGCGAUGAGCGCCAACUCACUGCGAGACAGAUUAACUAUACCGAGCUACUCGGCGGCCUCCGAGUCGCAAAUCAGAUUUGCCAUCGAAAACAACUAUGACGACACGGGACCCGGAGCGAAGGGUCCGGAGUCGGCUUACAACACCUACAGCACUCUAGAAGAAGCCCUUGUCAGCUACAUUGACGAUCCGGACACCAAAUUACCAGAAAAUGAACGUAUGAAAGCCAUCCUAAGACUCAUCAACACACCUAAAGACUACGAAAAAUAUAAUCCUAGUCAAGCUAUACGCGAACUCCCCAAAAGUGUUGCGGAGUAUACAGGGUACAGGAAUAUCCCGACCAUAGCGCCGAUCGUACUGAAGAAGCAGCCCUGGCAUAACAACCAGGUGUUGUACCACGACCCGAGGACCAACAUGGGUAUAUACGACUUAAGAGGAAUUUCAGUGACCAAUAUAAACUCGGUAAAACCGAGAGAGAGGCCGCAAAACCUGUACAAACUGGAAGAUAUUCACAUCCCUGGACAGGUGGGGCAAGUGAAGUCUCUGCCCGUCCCCAACUAUUACCCCUACCUCACCAAGUUCAUCCCUGCGCAGAGCCAGUAUGAAAGCAACCCCCAGCACUCAUAUAGCUAUGGACAUAGGAACACGUGGCCACCUCGGGAGGAAAAUGAUCAUCACGACUCCCGCGUGGAGGCCUCCAUGCGGGGCUAUUACACGUUCACAGGCGCAGACGGCAAGCAGCGCACCGUGCACUACACAGACCGUAACCGCGCCAGACCUGUCAGCGCCAUCUAGUAUCAACAAUAUACAACAUCUGUCGCAUUCCAACCAAAACACAACCAAAUAAAAUCUCAACUAAUCAUUUCUCUAUUGAAGUAUUUAAAGUAAUUAAAAUGCAAUCGACAUCAUUAACAGCCGCACUCAGAGAAGCUUAAUGAUUACUUAAUCUGUCUUUCUGACUGAGUGCGGAA